UCAGCCGGAGGCAGGAAAGCGCUUUGUAGGAAGUCAUUAAAAGCAGCGUUGCUGCUGCUUAUGUUGACGUUGCAUCACUGCAGGCUUUGUUUUACAUCUAAAAUAAGCUCCGAUACAAGAAGUAUAAUAAGUUAGAAGUUACUUCAUCUCACUGAGGCACAAGAUCACGUUCAUUCAGAGUAAAGCUGCGUUUAGACCGUUAGUCUGACGGAACAAGACCUUCUUGUCUAGUCAUGGUUAGAUACUGGUUGCAGGAGUGUGAGAUAUAACAUUCUGUGAUGAUAUACGUCAUGUUUUAUGUAUUGUGAUGUAGUACUUUUAUAGGGUGGGCCGAUGGCAGGAAGUGACGGAGAUGAGGGUUGACGUGUAACAUAAUCGGGGUUGUUGAACUUUAAAUAGAAACACGAGGUCUUACUGCUUGUGGAAAGUUUCUAUUUUGAAUAUUCACGUAAUUGAGCCACAGUAGUUUCAGGUCACGUCAGUUUAAAGCUGAUUCACCUGUGAUGCUGUUUGUCCUGACAGUAAUCUGUGUGCGUUUGGUUGUGCGUUUGUAUUUGUCCAUUAGCAAUGGAUUGUGUGUGUGUGUGUGUGUGUGUGUUAUCAGUGUAGCGUCCGAAGGUUGUGUUUGCAGUAGAAGCAGGUGUGUGUGUGUGUGUCCUUGACCGUGUUUGUUCAGAUAGGUGAAGCAGAUAAAGGUCUGAAGCUUCCUGACAUCCACUCUUUACUUUCUCUUCACUAAUCCUCCUACAUUUGAACAUCAUUCAACUUUAGUCCACUCUCUCAAAAUUCCCCCGAAAUCCAUCUAUCUUGUAUUUUGAAAAGUUUUACUUCCUGUUUUGCUUCCAUUGAAUUCAAUGUUUUCACAGUUCCUCUGAUGCGUGUCACCUUUGCUCCCUUCCUCUCUCCCACGUGAAUCAUUCCACCAUCACUUCUUCGGCUCUUUAUCUUUCCUGCUGCUCCUCUGUUUGUAUUCCUCGUCCUCUCAACCUUUCAUUUUCAACUUGACCUCUCGGUCUCCAUAUUCCGUCCUGUUUGACACGAGUCUCGAGCUAAACAGACUUUGGAGGAAACGUGGCCGUUAACAGGUUUAUUGGUCUCUUAAAGGGCCAGGCCGCUGAUUGUACUCCUGUAGUUCAGUGUAUUAUAAGGAGUGUCUCUCUGUGUCUCUGCAGGAAGCUUCAAACAGAAAGCCGACAUUACAAACAAAGGGAGCGUUCAGGAGGCAGGAAGUGUUUAAUGAACUAUGCUUUUGAGUUGCAUUAUGGGAAACUUUAGUGGCUCCAGUGUCCAUUUUUAUCUUUUUCCCCCAAAAUCUGUCUCUUGUGAGUUACCCGACUUCAUAGAAGUAACAAUUUCUGAACAGUUGUAUUCAUUUAUCUUACUUAUAUAUUUCACUGUAGAUUCUGCAGCGUGAAACCGAAAAUGUAUUCUGAAUUUAAGCAGCUUUAAUUUAAAUGAUUUCCAAUAAAACAAAUCCUCCUGAAUUUGAGCCAUUAAAAGUCACAGAAAUACCUAAAAAAUAGACGAUGCUAAAUAUAUAAUCAAGUAUCUGUUUUCUUAGUGGGUGAUGGACUUAGCGCUCUCAUGUGACGCUCUGGUAUGUGGACCGCUUCCAGUCUUCAUUACCUCACUGGGGGAUUUCUGACUUGAUGGAAGACGGCACGCUGACGUGAUCUUCGGCUGUGGGAGUUUCCAGCGUUUCAUUUCAGUCUGUGUUGGUGGUCGGGGAGAAAAGGUGACUCAGGAUUCAUAAAGCCUGCACAGCGACCUCUCUGUGCUUCUAUUACUGACAGAAGGGAGAUCUAUUCUCAUUACUACUGGUGCAUGAAGUUCAGCAGACUGUCGGAGAGUAUUUAGAGGUGUGUGUGUGUGUGGGCUCUAUAAUUAAGAUGGCAUGUCGUCUACUGAAGGCUGCCUUCACACCUGGAGUGUGGAGUCCACCGCGGUGCAGUGUGUGAGGAGGAAACGGGCCUGAAACACGAGGCUUCGUGAGCUUUAAGGAGUCUGGAAUCGAUUCAUCGUCGAUCAGUCAGGAUCGGCUGAUUCGUCAUUUAAAUGUUGUCGGACAAAACGAGACGCGUCGAUGUUCUUUUCAAAACAUCUCGCGGUCUGAUGGAGGAUCUUGAGUUCUGCAGAAGAAGAAGUGAUUUCUCUAACUUGUUGUGGAAUAAUCAAGGAGAGGAGAGGAGGUGCAUGUCAUCAGAAGUCAGCGGGCCUGAGCACUGAACAGGAGAGGGAGGUGGUUGAUGUCAUCAGAUCAAAAGGCCUGAACGCUGAACAGACACGAUGGAGCGGUGGUGGGCGUGGCACUUUGCCCUCUUCGCCCUGGCAGCCGUCUACAUCCUCCCCUCCCAGGGUAAAAACAGAGAGUUCCUCUCCAACACUCUGAUCAACAACGUGGUGGCCGAUCACCGCUCGGGCCGGCUGUACGUCGGCGCCGUCAACCACCUCUACCAGCUGAACCGGGACCUCGAGGUCGAGUCCCACACCGAGACGGGCCCCAAAAAGGACAACCGGCAGUGCACGCCGCCCGUCACGGACGCCUGCGAGGAGGCCGUGGACACCGCCAACCACAACAAGCUGCUGCUGGUCCAGGAGGCCAAGGACGUGCUGGUGGUCUGCGGCAGCGUCUUCAGGGGCAUCUGCUCGCUGAGGAACCUGAGCAACGUGGAGGAGCUGCUGUACUUCAGCGACACCAAAGGGGAGAAGUCGUACGUGGCGAGUGCCGAGGAGAGCGUCUCCGUGGUGGGAGUGAUGUCCUACUACACCACCAAGGAAAAUAACAACUUCACCGUGUUCCUGGUUGGUAAAGGGUACGGCAGCCACGACAGCACCAAGCUCAUCUCCACCCGCAUCCUCCAGGACUACGGGGAUUGGGUGGUGUUCGACAGCAUCAUCGAGGCCUCGGCGGUGCAGGCCAACCCCUUCGUCCUGCGGUACCUCCACGACUUCCGCUUCGCCUUCAAGGACGGCGGCUUCGUGUACUUCCUGUUCUCGCGGACGCUGGGCGUCCAGGACACCAAGAACUUCACCUUCAUCUCCAGGAUGUGCGAGGUCGAUCAGAGUUAUUACUCCUACACCGAGCUGCAGCUCAACUGCAGCGCCACCAACAAGUACAACAAAGCUCAGGCUGCCUAUGUUGCAACACCAGGGGAAGUUUUGGCUCAGACUAUGAACAAAUCAGGCCAAAUCAGGCCAGACUCUGACAAGGUGCUGUUUGUCACCUUCACUUCUGAUGAAGACCCAUCUGCUUCAGCCAUGUGCAUGUACCCUAUUCACUCUAUUAAUAAGAGGCUGGUGGAGAUAAUAGGAGCCUGUUACAGCGACAACGGCAUCAUUAACGACAAGGCUGCUGUCUACUCGCCUUACUCCUCCAAGUCUGAGGACCUGUGCAGCAACUCUAACAAUGAAAUGGCCAUCAAAUAUAAGUGUGGAGCCGAGUUCCUGCCCUCCCCGUUGGCCAGCAAGGCCGAGUUCGCCUUAACAACCGAGCCCUCAUUGGCCCGUAAGGGUCACAUGACCGCCGUGGCCAUUGCUGUGGAAAUGGGGCACACGGUGGCGUUCCUGGGCACCGCCGCCGGAGAGGUGUUGAAGGUGCAUCUGUCGGCCCAUUCCGAGGUGUACGGGCGAGCGCAGGGCGACGUCACGGGAGAGAAGGUCAACAAGAACCUGAUGUUCGACGAUUCCGAACGCCGACACCUGUACAUCACCACGGAGAAGAAGAUCACCAAGGUUCCCGUCCAGGCCUGCCACCUGAAGACAGACUGCCAGUCCUGCGUCUCCAUGAAGGAUCCGUACUGUGGCUGGUGUGUCCUGGAGGGAAAGUGCACCAGGAAGUUGGAGUGUAGCAGGUGGUGGGAGGACAAGAUCUGGCUGUGGUCGCCCAAUCAGCAGUGUGUUCAGAUCCAGGCCUUCAUCCCGCCGAACCUGAGCUGCAAGAAGACGCAGCAGGUCGAUAUCGAGAUACCGGCGCUCCCGGCCCUGAUGAGUUCCGAUAGGCUGCAGUGCGAGUUCGGCUCCAUCACCAGCGAAGCCGUGAUGGUCAUCUCUGACAGUCGGGUGCGGGUCGUCUGUGCGCUGCCGGACCCCUCGCAGAUCCCACCGACCCCCCACCAGCAGGACUACGUGUCCGUCCCAGUCAAGGUUCUGGUGAACGACAAAAUCAAGGUGACGUCUGGAGAAUAUCACUUCUACAACUGUGCUGCUACUGUCAGGAAGAACCAAAACUCACCGUGUAUAGCGUGUGUGACCAGUGAGUGGGGCUGUCAGUGGAACGCUCGGGAACACAGCUGCAGUGACAACAAUGAUGCUCUUGGUGGAGAACACAUAGUUAAACCUCAACAGGCUGGCAGUUGUCCGCAGUUUGAGUCUCCGGAGCCGCUGUUGAUCCCCGUGGGCUUUCAGAUCCCCAUCAGCUUCCAGGGAACAAACCUGGACUACACGGGACGGAGGUUUUCCAUCGGGACGGAGCUGAUGAAGGACACGGAGGUGACGGUGACGCAGGAGCAGGGGUCAAAGUUCACAUUCCCGGGUUAUGAGGUCAGUAUCAAAGAACCAAUGAGGUGUUGUUAAUGUGUAUUUUGUGUUUUCUUUCCACUAGUCUGAAAAAUUGAGGAUGAAAAACGAUGUUUUUUCCUGUAGCAAUAAUGAACUCUACAGAGGGGAUGAACACCGUGUGCAGGGACACGGUUCUUCUGUGUCUGCACCUAAAUUAAACCCAUUCAGUCCACUCACAGCAGAGCUCUCUGGUUCUUUGCUCGUGUCCAUUACCAGCUCUACAUUUUCUCCUCCAAGCUCUGCUUUUAUGUUCUGAAGCUCGACCGUGAAGGCGUUCACAGCGACACCAGGCAGUGCGUCAUUAAUGGUGAUUAGCGUGAUUAGAGAGUCGUUAGCGCUUCGUUUGUGAGGAGAUUCAAUUCUGAGUCGGGAAAAGUUUGGAGCUCAGUUGUGUGCUUGAUUUUGACACGUGUUUAUAUUUUAAUGAUUUUUUAAUUUUACGUGCCUGUUAGUGUUGUUAAUGCUUCGGCUCACAAUGCUUAUUCACCGUUAAAUAGAUGUCCGUGUGUGUGUGAUGGCGCCCCCUAGAGGGCUGCAGAGCAACGCCAUUGUUUUCACUCACGAGCUUCAGUUUUUCCACUUGUCUGCCUCCAUCGAUCCUCACCUCACGUUGAGUCCUAAAGAUUGCCAAUAUGUGGUUAAAGAGUGUGUGUUUCCUCACUCUCUUUCUCCACCCACACACACACACACACAC